CCAGAGGAAGGUGUGGAUUCUGUGGAACUACUGUCACGUUCGAUUUCACGGCCCUACACAGACUCCGACUUCUAAUCCACAGACCCAAAAUUAAAACAACCACCAAAAAAAUCUGAAAUUAUCCAAAAGAAAUUUAAUCGCCCGCCCAAUUGCAUUCAUUUCCAUCCAUCUCUUCGUUUUCUUAGCUCUCUUCGAAAACCUUUCUUUCCUAGAUCCCAAUUACUUAAAAGAACCAUGAUAAUCAACUUAUCUGCUACGCCUCCAACUUCCUCAUCAACUUCUGUGAUCUCUUCAUCUUCUCUAAUCAAACUACUAAAUUCAAGAUCACCCAAAACCCACUUAUCCAAAUCUUCUCUUUCUUUCUCUACCUCAUUUCUCCGUACCAGUAACAACAAUCAGUUUUUCCACCAAAAGAGAAAAAACCCACAUCGAAAAAGUGAUUCUUUUCAAUCCUAUGCAAUUCCUGGAUUGGAGUUUGGCGCUUUAGAGAGUGCCAAAUCGGUUUUAGAAGCAUCGGGAGUACUUGCAGCUAUUAUAAUUGUUCAUGAAAGUGGUCAUUUUCUUGCCGCUACACUUCAAGGAAUUCAUGUAAGUAAAUUUGCAGUUGGUUUUGGUCCAGUUUUAGCUAAAUUCAAUGCAGCUAAUGUAGAAUACUCAAUUAGAGCUUUUCCUCUUGGUGGGUUUGUUGGGUUUCCUGAUAAUGAUCCAAACAGUGAUAUUCCUGUUGAUGAUAAGAAUUUACUUAAGAAUAGACCCAUUUUUGAUAGGGUAGUUGUAAUUUCAGCGGGCGUCAUUGCAAAUAUAAUCUUUGCAUAUACAAUUAUCUUUGUGCAAGUUUUAUCUGUUGGAUUACCAGUUCAAGAGGCGUUUCCUGGAGUACUUGUACCCGAUGUGCGACCAUUGUCUGCAGCUGCCCGGGAUGGGUUGCUUGCUGGUGAUGUGAUUCAUACGGUUAAUGGGUUUGAAUUGCCGAAAACUGGGUCUACUUCUGUUUCGCGUCUUGUUGAGGUAAUUAAGAACAAUCCAGGAAAGAAUGUGUCUCUUCGGGUUGCUAGAGGAGACCAGGAAGUUGAAAUUGGUAUUACUCCAGAUGAGAGUGUUGAUGGAACAGGAAGAAUUGGUGUUCAGUUAUCCCCAAACGUUAAGAUUUCAAAGGUUAAACCAAAAAAUAUUGCAGAGGCUUUUAAUUUUUCUAGUCACGAAUUUAUGGGUCUCUCGGCGAAUGUUGUGGAUGGCUUGAAACAGACUUUUUUUAAUUUUUCUCAGACGGCAAGUAAGGUUUCAGGUCCCAUUGCUAUUAUUGCAGUUGGAGCUGAGGUUGCGAGAUCGAAUUCCGAUGGGCUUUUUCAGUUUGCGGCUAUUCUUAAUAUUAACUUAGCCGUGUUAAAUAUACUCCCUUUGCCAGCUCUAGAUGGGGGUUCUUUGGCUUUACUACUCAUAGAAGCAGCUAGAGGUGGAAAAAAGAUCCCUCAAGAAGUAGAACAAGGCAUUCAGGGUUCAGGAAUUAUGCUAGUUCUUCUUCUUGGCCUUGUACUGAUUGUUAGAGACACACUUAACCUUGAUUUCAUUAAAGAAUUGUUCUUAUGAGUUGAUGAGUUCAGUGAAGUUGAUUGCAAGAGGGUCCUGAAAAAAGGAAUGUGAAAGAAGGAUGGCGUGAUUUUGCAUUAGGCUGGCUGCCGUGUUCUGUAAAGCAGAAGGUCGAAUUCAGUUUCUAUACUCACUUGAUAUUUAUGUUGCUUCCUCUUUGAGUGACUAGGUCAUGGAAUUAGUUAAGUGCUUCUUAUAGCAGUGUGGAUUAGGUAUUCCAAAUUCCACUUUACUUGUAAGCAUACAAUAGUUCGAGCCAACAUCAAGCAAGAUACAGACAGUUACUAGUUCGGUAUUGCAGGCGUUUUGGUUAUUGCGCUUGCCAGUAUUGUCUGGUUGGAAAUUAAAUUACGUUCGAGAGGGAAUGUGAACCUCAAAAACUAUGAGGCAUAAACGAUGCUGUAUUGUCUUCAAUUAAGACAUGUUAUCGUGAUUAACAGCAGCAGUAGUUUGUAGUCUGUAGGUUAGAAGCCAUACUAGCUUAUUGUUUCAUCUUGCUAGGUUUAUUUGAGAAGUUAGAAAGGUUUUGCAAACAUAAUUUGGCAAUUGAUUUUUCAACUUCGCUAAUAGGAAGUACCAGUUUACCGGA